CCGGCGUUUCUAAACUCUUCCCGGAGCUGGCCGGCGCCUGGGUCGCUGAGUGCUGACCGGCUGCAGCUGAGACAGCUUUCGCGGGCUGAGAAGGAACUAAGCACCCAUGGCACUGGGUCCGCGGUCCUCCCAUAAGACCGGGAGCAGGUUCCCAGCUGGCAGCAAACGAGGGCGCGGGGCCAAGGGGUCGGGGCGCCCCGCAUCAGGCCGUCAUAGACAACCCAGCGCGCCUCCAGAGGGGCGCUCGGAGCCGGCUGUAGACGCGCAUCCUCACCUGAGCCCCGAAGCGCUGGGGUAUUUCCGCCGGGCUUUGACGGCGCUUAAAGAGGCCCCGGAGACCGGGGAAGAACGAGAGCUGAUGGUGCACAAUGUUUUGAAGGAAGUGGAGGCUCAGGCCCUCGCUUUGGCCACAAACAGGACUGGCAGCGAGAUGCUGCAGGAACUGUUGGGGUUCAGUCCCCUGAAACCUCUGUGUCGAGUACUGGCUGUUCUGCGCUCUAACUUGCGCUUUGUGGCCUGUCACCGAUGCGGGGUCCAUGUAUUGGAAAGUGCUUUGCUGCAGCUGCCUCGAUUGUUGGGGAACCCUGUGGAGGAGGAGGAGGAGGAGGAGGUGGAGGAGGAGGAGGAUGGGAAGGAUCCUCCCUUGGACACCCUGAAGGAGCUGGUCCUGGGACUAGCCUCUGAGGUGUGUGAUGAUUUUCUUUUCUACUGUGGAGACACACAUGGCAGCUUCGUGGUCAGAACUCUGCUGCAGGUGUUAGGAGGGACUCUUCUGGAGUCUGAGAGAGCCAGACCCCGUGGCUCCCAGUCACCUGAAGCACGAAGGGCCCCAACCCGGGAAUAUAAGCCAGCUGCUUUCGAGGUUCCCGAAUCCUUCUUGAAUUGUCUUCAGGACCUGAGCUCCUGCUUUCUGAAAGACAUCGCUGUGUUUAUCACUGACAAGAUCUCCAGCUUCUGCUUUCAAGUGGCCUUGCAGGUCUUACACCACAAACUGCCCCGGUUUUGUGCUCACCUGUGUGAUGCUGUGAUUGGCUAUCUGAGUAACCGCAGUUCUUCAGCAGAUGGCAGCCCCCUACUGCUAUUCCUGAGGGAUCAGACGAGCUCCAGACUCCUGGAGCAGGUGCUGCUGGUGCUGGAGCCCCCAAGGCUCCAGAGCCUUUUUGAAGAUCACUUCCAAGGGCGGCUGCAGACCCUGGCUGCACAUCCUAUUGCCAACUUCCCUUUACAGCGUUUACUAGAUGCGAUCACUACCCCUGAGCUGCUGUCCCCUGUGUUUGAGGAGCUGAGCCCCGCCCUGGAAGCGGUGCUGGCACAGGGUCACCCAGGGGUAGUCAUUGCCCUGGUGGGAGCCUGCCGUCGAGUUGGGACCCACCAAGCCCAGGUCCUGCAGCUGCUGUUAGAGGCAUUCCACUGCGCAGAGCCCUUUUCUCGGCAGGUGGCCUGUGUGCCCCUCUUUGCCACUUUGAUGGCAUAUGAGGUAUACUACGGACUGGCGGAGGAGGAGGGGUCAGUCCCCACGGAGCACGAGGUUGACAUGGCCGCAGCCAGGGCCCUGGGGGAAGUGACAGUGCUUGGAUCUCUACUGCUUCAGCAUCUGUUGCACUUCUCCACUCCUGGCCUUGUACUUCAAAGUCUGGCCGCCAUGACGGGACCACAGCUUCUGACUCUGGCCCAAAGCCCUGCUGGUUCCCAUGUGCUGGAUGCCGUCCUGACCAGCCCUUCUGUGACACGCAAGCAGCGCCGCCGUGUGCUCAAGACGCUGAAGGGACAGUACGUGGCUUUGGCUUGCAGUCGCCAUGGCAGCCGUGUGCUAGAUGCCAUCUGGGGCGGAGCAACCUUGGGGGCCCGGAAAGAAAUUGCUGCCGAGCUAGGGGAGCGGGAUCAGGAGCUGAUAAAAGACCCCUUUGGCCACCACGUGGCACGAAACGUGGCCCUGACUACUUUCCUGAAGCGUCGAGAGGCCUGGGAACAGCAGCAGGGAGCAGUUGCCAAGCGGAGGAGGAUUUUGAACUCAAUUCUUGAAGACUGAGGCCUCGGGACCUGGGAGUGGGUGUAGACGGGGGAGGGAGAAGGGGAGUAUCUGUCCUGUCCCCUUACUAACUUAAAUUGGUGUCAUCAAAGUCAAAAGUCUUACCGGUAAACAUUUUUAUAUUUUUAUUGG